GUGAGUGAAUGUGUUUAAGUCGUGUUAGUGAGUGUGUGUCGACAUUAUGGUGAAAGUUUCUUCUACGUCAUCAUAAAAACCAUUAUAUUUACAGGUUAGACGUUUGUAAAAGUCUAAAAAAGCAACUUAGAAGCAGUUUUAAGCAUUAUUUAGUUUAAAUGUGUGAAAUGAGAAACUUUUCAUUCGAAGAGCCAUGUCAUUAACCACGUGGUUAGGGUUAGGGUGGGUGCCUGCUCUCACUGGAAUAUUUCUAGCAUUUGGUGUAGUUGUAGCUUACAUUAUUGCUGUCCUACGCGGGGACGUAACUCCUUAUAUGCCUUUCAUUAGCGAAGCAGGUACAGAUCCUCCACAGAGCGGUAUAUUCAGUAUUUGCCUGUUCUGUUCAGGAAACCUAGGCUUAAUAACCAUGGUAGUUCGAUAUAUGUACGUAAAUGAGCUGAAUAAAGGACGUCAUAAGAAAAUCCAAGUCAUUAAUCAGAUUUCGCUGUUCUGUGGAUUCACUGCCAUUGGCGGAAUGAUGGUGGUUGCAGUUUAUCCGAUGUCAACAGUGAGCCUUGCCCAUGACGUUGGGGCAUACACUUUGUUUAUCCUGGGAUUGACUUAUGCCUCUCUGCAGACAUUGGUCACCUACUAUCUUUAUCCUAGUUACAACGGAUUGACCAUCUGCCGGUUUAGAUUGACCAUUGUUCUGCUCUGUCUCAUUUCCCUUGUUACAAUGGCCAUUAUUUAUCCGGUUUCUCAUGCAGAAUUCAAAUCAGGAAAUUAUAAUCACCCUAGAAGAUUAAAACAAUUAGGAGAAAGGGGAUUCCGAGGAUUAGUCGCCAGUUCGACUGCAGAAUGGACGUUAGCCCUAAUUUUUAUAACGUUUUUCUUUACAUAUAUACGAGAAUUUCAAGCAAUUUUGUUUCAGGUUAAAAUCUGCCCCUUAGGUUAUCAUAUAGAUGAAGUGGCAAUUAAACAGGCCAAUGAGCGUCAACCUUUACUUAAUGAACAAGUUUAAUAUCAUACUAGUAGAGACCCGCAAAACAUUUCCGGCCAAAUUAGUGUCUUUAUCGUAACAGUACUUCUUUAAAUACAACAUUUCUAGCACAAUACAAACGAAUUGUAAUCGUAGACAACGAAAUGUGUAAAUCCCUUUGUAUAUAUGCCGUACUUUAUAAAACUUUAACUUAUGUUAGGUCUAAGUUCGAUCAAGAGAUAAAUUAAUACUGUAACCUGUGUACGCUUUUUUUUUACUUUAGUUUAGUUAGGACUAAACUUUAGUGUACUUAAUACUAUCGAUAAAUAAACUUAUAAUGUUAUUCUACGACCUAACAUCAAACC